AUCCGCCAGGUCCCGGCCACUUCGCGAGCGAUGCGUGCUAGCUAACACACGAAAAUCAGUUCGAACCCGGAAGCAACCGGAGCCACGGUAACGUCCGGUCUACGAGCAGCAGCGGAGAGAGAGAGGAAGCAGCAUGUCGGUGCUGGCUCUGCAAGAGUAUGAGUUCGAGAGGCAGUUCAACGAGGAGGAGGCGAUCCGCUGGAUGCAGGAGAACUGGAAGAAGUCCUUUCUCUUCUCUGCCCUCUACGCGGCCUGUAUCCUCGGCGGCCGUCAUGUCAUGAAGCAGAGGGAGAAGUUUGAGCUGAGGAAACCUCUGGUGCUGUGGUCGCUCACGCUCGCUCUCUUCAGUAUAUUCGGUGCCAUCCGCACUGGGAGCUACAUGACGUACGUCCUGAUGACAAAAGGCCUCAAAACGUCAGUUUGUGAUCAGGGCUUUUACAACGGACCCGUCAGCAAGUUCUGGGCGUACGCCUUCGUCCUCAGCAAAGCACCAGAGCUGGGUGACACUCUCUUCAUCGUCCUGAGGAAGCAGAAGCUCAUCUUCCUCCACUGGUACCACCACAUCACCGUGCUGCUGUACUCCUGGUACUCCUACAAAGACAUGGUGGCCGGCGGCGGCUGGUUCAUGACCAUGAACUACUUGGUCCACGCCGUCAUGUACUCUUACUACGCCUUGCGGGCGGCCGGCUUCAAGGUGUCGCGCAACUUCGCCAUGUUCAUCACGCUGACCCAGAUCACCCAGAUGGUCAUGGGCUGCGUGGUCAACUACCUGGUGUACUCGUGGAUGCAGCAGGGGCAGGAGUGUCCGUCCCACAUGCAGAACAUUGUGUGGUCCUCGCUCAUGUACCUCAGCUACUGUGUGCUCUUCAUCCAGUUCUUCUUCGAGGCCUACAUCACCAAGUCCAGAGCCUCGGCUGCCGCCAUCGCCAGGAAGAGGGAGUAAAAGAAAAAAUGCCAUAAGUACGGGAAGACGGGAGAUAAUGACGAAAGAGGGAGUUUGAAACGGAGAGAGCAGGGACAAGUGGUGGUGGUGGUGGU